AAGCUAAAGGAACUGAGUUCUGAGAGUAAAUUUUUUCUUUCUUGUGUAUGUAUACACACCUCAACAACUACUUUAGGAAAGGUACUCAAUAUUUUCAAGUCUUACUUCUGCUUACUUUUGUUCAAUUCCCCUAGACUUCAAAGUCAUUACAUUGAAGAAAUACAAGCUCAAUCAGGUGACAGGGAGGAUCUGAUAGAAGUACGAAAUUCCAAUUUUUCUAAAUAUUCUACUAUGACACAAGUUCAAUCAGGAGACAAGGAGGAUCCAACACAAGUACAUAAUUUUGAUUUUUGUACUUCCAUAACACAAACUCAAACAGGAGACAGCGAGGAUCCACGAAAUUCCGAUAUUUCCACUUCUUCCAUGUCUAGCUAUGAGAAUUUAACAAACCAUGAACUUGACAACUUGAGAAAACAAGAUCAUGAAGUAGCUAUAGUCAUGGUUCCAUUUCCAGCACAAGGCCAUCUGAAUCAACUUCUUCAACUUGCCUGUUUAAUCUCCUCAUCAUAUAAUCUUCCUGUCUACUAUGUUGGCUCAGCUACACAUAAUCUUCAAGCUCAGGUUCGAGCCAACGCCUUAAAUCCAUCAGACAUAGCCAAAAUCCAUUUCCAUGACAUCCCAACUCCUGAAUUUGCCUCACCUUCACCUAACUUUAAUGCCUUAAGCAAAUUUCCAUCACAUCUUCAACCAUCAUGGGAUGCUUCUAUGCUUCUUCGCGAGCAUAUUUCUUCUUUCUUACGUGAUAUUUCCUCAAAAUCAAGACGAGUUGUUGUUGUUCAUGACUGUUUAAUGUCCUACAACGUUCAGGAUGUUUCGUCAUUGCACAACACGGAGUCCUAUGUAUUUAAUUGCAUAUCAGCUUUCAGUUUGUACUGUUUUAUAUGCUUAUACAGUGGAAUUUAUGUCCAACUUGAAGAGGAAUUGCUUAAAAAGUUGCCUUCCUCUGAAGGAAUUAUGACAGAUGGAAUCAAGAAUCUUGGAUCUCUUCAGAGUCCACAUAUGGAUAUUAGAUCAGGUGAUAUCCAUAAUACAAGCAAAGUAAUCGAAGGUGAGUUUCUUGAUUUGGUUGCACAAAUAGCAACUAAACAGAACAAGAAACAAUGGGCUAUUGGACCGAUUUUGCCUACUAAACUAGAUUGUGUCUCGAAUAGGGAGAAUAUAUGUUUGGAGUGGCUUAACAAACAACCUCCAAGAUCAGUUCUUUACGUAUCUUUCGGAACAACAACUUCAUUUUCCGAUAGGGAAAUCAAGGAGCUCGCGAUGGGAUUAGAACAGAGUAAGCAGAGGUUUAUAUGGGUGUUGAGAGAUGCUGAUAGAGGAGAUAUAUUUAUGGGGGAAGUUAGGAAAGUUGAGUUGCCAGAAGGGUUUGAAGAAAGAGUAAAAGGGGUCGGGUUAGUGGUAAGAGAAUGGGCCCCACAACCAGAAAUCUUGGCUCAUUCGUCCACGGGCGGGUUCAUGAGUCAUUGUGGAUGGAAUUCUUGUAUAGAAAGUAUCACUAUGGGGAUUCCAAUAGCUGCUUGGCCUAUGCAUUCUGACCAACCGAAAAAUGGUUUCUUGGUAACGGAAUUGUUGAAAGUAGGCCUAAUUGUGAGGGAGUGGGAGAAACGCGAAGAGCUAGUGAGUGCAUCUACCAUUGAGAAUGUCGUGAGGAAGUUGAUGGCAUCGGAAGAAGGCGAUGCGAUUAGGAUAAGAGCAAAAGAAUUGGGAGAAGCCGUAAGGCGUUCCACAGAGAAGGGGGGUGCUUCUCGAAUGGAGUUGGAUUCUUUUAUCGCGCAUAUCACAAGAUAGACUUGUUUUUCUACCAGAAGUUUUCCAAGUAUUUUGAUAGGUGACUUUGGAAUCUUGGUGAGGUCUGGGUUCAGUGUCUCCAAAGCCCUCUUCUUUAACUUCUUAUCUGCACUAGUGGCACUAGCGGGAACUGCACUGG